CCGCCACUGAAAAAAUUCUCCUCUCCAUCUCCCCGCUUAAUAAGACCGGUCGUUGAGCUCCAAUCCGAACAAAACAAACCCCCCCUCCCUCCCUCCCUCUCUCUCUCUCUCUCUCCGGCAGCUGCCAUGGAAGAAGCAGCAGCAGCUGCCACCAAAGAAGAGAACCAGCAAGUCCUCAAAGUCCUCGAAGCCCUCAAACAAGCCUCCCACGACCUGCAAUCCAACCCCACUCCGAAACCCACCGAGUCCAACUCCAUCAAAGCCCUCCUCGAGCUCGAGACCGAGUCCGACUCCAUCCUCUCCAACGACCCUUACCUCUCCACCCUCUCCCACCACCUCACCUACCUCAAGUCCAUCGUCGACUCCCUCGAGAACUCCAAGUCCACCCGCCGCCACGGGCUGAGAUCCUUCUUGACUCGCCGGGUCACCACCCACGAGAUCUCCCGGGUCGCCGGGUCGAUCGAGUCCGAGAUCCAGGCCUGGAUUGACCGCGAGUGCAUCGAAAACCUCGCUCGGGCGCUGAGUAGUAGUAGUAGUAGUAGUAAUGAUAAUAAUAGCCAUAGUUCGAGUGUCGACGAGGAAACCCUAAUUCAGAUGCUGGUACAAUUCGAGAAGCGGCUCAAUCAAGGGUUCAAUCACGAGUUGCAGGAUUUAAUUCUGAAAUCGAAGCUGUUUUCGGAGCUCGAAUCGGUCCUCUGUAAUUCGGAGCACUCGACACAGGUGAGAGAACAGGUCGCUUUCGCCAUUGCUGAGUUGAUUAGGUUUAACAAAGACGUUUUCGUUGGGCAAGUAUUGAUGGGCCAAAUGAUUCGAGCCCUAAUUUCAAUGUCAUCACCUUCUUCACUUAAAGUACUCUGUUCUCUAAUAAAAUCCAUCAAAAGUCCUUUAGUAGACGAGAUCGAAUCGAACGGAGACAUUUUCGAUAUAAUCAAGUUGCUUAAAUCCGAUGAGUUGUCUAUUCGAGUAAUGGCGAUGAACUGUGUACUUGAAAUUGGGUAUUUUGGGAGGAAAGAGGCGAUUGAGGCGAUGCUUAUGAAAGGAGAUUUGAUAAGAAUACUGGUGGAAUUGCAGAGGGGGGAAUUGGGUGGGGAUUUGAUAGAGGUGGGGAAGUGGGAGGAGGAGGAGAGUGGUGGUGUUGAGGUUCUAGGGAGGAGGGAGAGUGUUAGAGAGAGAAGGUACUUGGAGAGGCACACAUUUGCUAGCUGUGUGGCUAGAUUUGCAGUGCAGUUGGAGGUAGGGGAAGGGUUGAGGCAGAGAGAGAGGAGGGCUCUGAAGCAGGAGAUAUUGAAGAGAGUGAGAGAAGCUUGUGUUUCUGAUGCUGAGGCUGCCACCAUUGUUGCUGAGGUUCUGUGGGGUUCUUCACCUUGAAAAUUUGGAAAUGGAAACCAGAAAAAAGGAGAUGGAGAAGAAAGUAGUGCAAUCAUGCUCGUAAGUUGGUCCAGACGCUCCUGACCGUCGAAAAAAAGAAAAAGAAGAAAAAAGAAGAAAGUAGUGCAGAUUUCGGGUAUAUAAAUUUUUAGUUGUUUUGAUUCUUGGGAUUAUUAUUAUUUUUCUUUUGGGGUUGGUGUAAUUAUGUAUGGGAUGUAGCUUAAUGGUGUAAAGACAGUAAAGUGAUUGUGUAAAGUUGAAAUUGCAUUGAUUCAGAAUUUGAAUCACAAAUACAGGGUAUGAAAAUGGGAUGUGUGCUCUUAUUUGUUCA